CGCUAUCUAUGUAAUAUAAUAAUAAGUUAAAAAAGGAAAAAUGUCGACUGAUAUUAAAUUAGAUGAAAUAGCUGUGGAAAAUUUUCGUAAAUACCUGAGAAUUUCUUCGGUACAGCCAGAUGUAAAUUAUGAUCAUUGUGUGGAAUUUAUGAAAGAACAGGCUUCAACUUUGAAUUUGCCAAUUAAAAUUAUUGAAAUAAGUCCCAAAAAGCCAAUUAUCAUUAUCACUUGGGAAGGAAUAGAACCAGAGAAACCAGCAAUUUUACUAAAUGGACAUAUGGAUGUGGUUCCCGUAUUUUCUGAUCAAUGGACCCAUCCACCAUUUGAUGCGCACAUGGAUGAGAAAGGAAAUAUUUUUGGUCGUGGAUCACAGGAUAUGAAAAGUGUAACAAUUCAACAUAUUGAGGCAAUUAGACGAUUAAAAUUAAAUGGAAUUCGAUUGAGACGAACAAUACAUAUUUCACUUAUGCCUGAUGAAGAAAUAGGCGGUGAAAAUGGAAUGAAAAAAUUUAUACAAACAAGGGAAUUUGAAAAUUUGAAAAUUUGUUUUGCACUUGACGAAGGCGAUUCAUCGGCGACUAAUAAAAUUCUCGUUAGCUAUGGUGAAAAAACUUGGUUUCAAAUAUGGAUUCAUUGUCCUGGUGAUCCUUGUCAUGGAUCAGUGUUAAGGGAUAAUACAGCAGGGGAAAAAUUACGAUUUAUUAUCGAUAAAUUUAUGGACUUGAGACACUUGGAAAAAAUGAAAUUAAAUAACUCACAAAUCACAUCUGGUGACGUUAUCUCUGUUAAUUUAACAAUGAUAAAGGGAGGAAUCCAAGUAAAUGUGGUACCUGACGAAUUUUCAGUGGCUUUUGAUAUUCGCAUUCCACCUGGAGUAAAUCAUGGAGAAUUUGAAAAUAUUAUUAAAAACUGGUGUCACGAAGCAGGCGAAGGUGUUCAUUAUUCAAUUAUUAAUAAAGAUCCACCGAUUGGUAAUACAAAAUUAGACGGUAAUAUUUACUGGCAAACUUUUAAAGAGGUUUGUGAUGAUUGUAAUCUCGAAUUAGAUUUGUAUAUUGAACCUGGCGUAACCGAUGCUCGUUAUCUUCGAUCUAUUGGAAUUCCAGCUCUUGGCUUUUCUCCAAUAAAUAAUACUCCUCCACUUGCUCAUGCAAGUAACGAAUUUUUAAAUAAAAACAUUUUUUUACAAGGAAUUAAAAUAUUUAUGAAAAUUAUCACCAAUCUAGCUAACUUAAAAUAAUUUCUCCAAGAAGAUAAAAACAAUCCAAUGAUAUAAAAAGUAUAAUUAGAAUGUAAAAAAUUUUUUAUUAAAAAUAUAUAAAAUCAUAUCUUA